UAUUAAAAAAACAUAUUUUAAAAACGUAUUUAAAAAAACAUACUUUAUUUUAAAAAUAAAAAGAAGAGGAAGGGUAGGGCCUGCAGGGCUCCAGGAUGAGGCUCUCGGGGGGUGAGGGGAGCUGUCGGCAGGGCCGGGCCGGGCCGUCCCCAGGGUGCGUGUCCACUUUUGGCUGCAGGAGCCGAGAGCCAGCCCUGACACCAUGCGGUGCUCCCUCACACACUGCCUCUUCACCGCCCUGGCCGCCGGGUUCCUGUGGCUCUUCCUCACUCUGCAGCUCCCCGGGGACAUGGACCAGGAUCGACAUAAGGUCCAUGCUUUGCUUUCGUAGACGCCCCGGGACCGUUAUGGCGGGAGGAAGGCCCCGAGAUCACCAGCAAACUGGCAAGACCUCACCGCCACGUACAUGAAAAGGAUCCAGCAAAGAAGGAAGACGUGGCUGACGGUGGGCAUCUCCUCGGGGCCGGGCCGGGACCCCUACGGCCUCCUGUACACGCUGAGCUCCCUGUUCCGCGCCUCCUCCACGGCGGAGCAGAAACACCUCACGGUGCUGGUGCACCUCGCCGACGCCGACGUGGCCUGGCUCCGGGAGACCGUGGCCCGGGUCGCCCGCCUCUUCGGCCCCCAGGUCCUGGCGGGGCGGCUGGUGCUGAUCCACACGCCCUCCGACGCCUACUCUUCGGCCGGUCCGGUCAUCGGGGGCCGGGAAGCCCGCUGGGGGGACGCCGCCUCCCAGCAGAACGCCGACCACGCCUUCCUGGCGAGCUCUGCCGCCGGGCACUCGGACUACUUCCUCCUGCUGCGGGACAACGUCUACUGCGCGCCUGGCUUCCUCGCCCACAUCCGUCGGAAGGUGUGGGCCCUGCGCGCGCGCCCGUGGGCGCUGCUGGAGUUCUCCAACCGCGCCUCCCUGGCCAAGCUGUUCCGGGCGCGCGACCUGCCCCGGCUGGCCCGCUACCUCCUGCUCUUCCGCCACGACCAGCCCCUGGGCUGGCUGAUCCCGCGCUUCAGCAUCCUGCAGGCCCAGCGGCGGCCCAUCCUCUUCAGGCCUUUCCUCUUUUACUACCGGGUCUCCUACCGCCGGGCCGCCCGGGGCCCCAAGGCCAAGGCCAAGGCCAAGGCCAUGCCGGUGGCUCCGAGCCGGGGCCCGCCCCCCGGCCCCCACAACCCACCGGGGGCCGUGUUCACCGACAUGAGGGUCCUCGGCGUCCACGCCCCCUGGGAGGCCUACACCCUGGACGAGUCCUUCUUCUGGACCCACAACGUCAGCGCCGGCAGCCACCUCACCGUGAUCCUGAACCGGCCGGCCAGCCUGAGCCGCGUGCAGGUGCUCACGGGCACGCUGGUGGAGGGCACGCAUGCGCUGCGGACGGGGCAGGUGGAGCUGGGCCGCGGCCCCGAGGGGGUGCCCCCGUUCUGCACCAGCUUCGUCCUGCUGGGCCCGCUGCGCGAGGGGCAGCUGGACGAGGAGGCGCUGCCGGCGGCCGCGGGGUCCAACGUGAGCUGCGUGAAGCUGGUGGUGAACGCCGACCAGCCGGGCGGGCUCAUGGUCAGGCACGUCUACCUCUGGGAGGAGGAGAGCCCGGGGCCCGCGGCCGUGGUGGCUUGGGGGUGAAGAUAAAUCCGUCAAGGGUGCCAACAAUGAGAGCCCGGAACGCCGUUUCAUUCCAGCCCGGCUGAUGGGCGGGAGGGGGGGAGAGGGCAGAGGGAGCCGGCUCCAUCAGGCGUCCCGUUCUGCAGAGACAUCAGGAGGCCUGUCCCUUCCCUUUGUUCCCGGACGAGUGACUCAUACCGUCUGUUCUGUCCUUUUUUAAAAAAAUAUUUUAUUUUCAGAGAGGAACUGAGAGGGACGGAGAGACAGAAACAUCAAUGAUGAGAGAAUCAGGA